AUGAAGAGCGCCCUCGCCACGCGCAUCGCCGGCUCUGCUGACCUGUACCACAACCACGCCCGCAAGCCCUACCACGGCAUCAACUUUGUGGUGGCCCACGACGGGUUCAGCCUGUACGACCUCGUCUCCUACAACCACAAACACAACGGGGCCAACGGCGAGGGCAACAACGACGGCUCCAACGACAACUUCAGCUGGAACUGCGGCGCCGAGGGCGAGGAGGGCGCGGGGCCGGGGGUGGUGGCGCUGCGGUUCCGGCAGAUGCGGAACUUCAUGUUGGUCCUGAUGGCCAGCCAGGGGACGCCCAUGAUCGUCAUGGGCGACGAGGUGGGGCAGACGCACUUCGGCAACAACAACUGGUACGGCCACGACGACAAGAUCGGCCACAUGCACUGGGACGCGGCGCAGCAGCCCGAGAGGGCGGCGUUCUUGAGGUUCAGCUCGGAGCUGAUCCGCUUCCGCAAGGAGUGCCCGCUGCUGGGCCGCGCCGACUUCCUCAAGCCUGGGGACAUCACCUGGCAUGAGCACGACUGGGGCAACACCGAGUCUCGGUUCCUGGCCUGGACGCUGCACGACACGCUGGGGGCGGGCUGCGGCGACCUCUACUUCGCAUUCAACGCGCACCCCUUCGAGGUCAGAGCCACACUGCCCCCGCCGCCGCCCGGCCAAAAGUGGAGCCGCCUGGUGGACACCAACCUGCCCUCCCCCAAGGACUUCACCGUCGGCGGCAACGCGGGCGUCGAGCCGGAGUACGGGAUCCAAGGUUACGGCGCCAUCCUGCUGAUCUCCAAGGCGGCGUGA